GGGCCAGGCUGGUCAAUGUUUGCGCAAUGAAUGAGUGCAUGACAGCGGUUCCUGGGAGCUUACCUCUCAGGAAUGAUGCAACAAGAGAGCAGCACCCAAAGUUAUGGCUAUAAAUCCAAGCAAAAUUCUUUCACCUACGAUGUUAAGCGAGACGUGUACAAUGAGGAGAACUUCCAACAGGAGCAUAGGAGAAGGGCCCUGUCCUCUGGGAAUGUGGACAUCGACAUCACCACCUUCAGACACCAUGUCCAGUGCCACUGCUCAUGGCACAAGUUCCUAAGAUGCAUGCUUACACUCUUUCCCUUCCUGGAAUGGAUGUGUUUGUAUCGAUUCAAAGACUGGCUUCUUGGAGACCUAGUUGCUGGUCUAAGCGUUGGCCUCGUGCAAGUUCCCCAAGGCCUGACACUUAGCUUGCUGACAAGGCAACUGAUUCCUUCUCUCAAUGUCACUUAUUCAGCUUUCUGUUCUUCGGUAAUUUAUGUAAUUUUUGGAUCAUGUCAUCAAAUGUCCAUUGGUCCCUUUUUCCUUGUGAGUGCUCUGAUAAUGGAUGUCUUGAGUGAGAGCCCAUUCAACAAUGGUCACCUGAUCAUGGGAACGUUCAUCAAGGAUGACUUUUCUGCUCCCUCCUACAUUAUCAACUAUAACAGUUCCUUAAGUGUCGUUGCAACCACCACCUUUCUGACUGGAAUUAUUCAGCUGUGUAUGGGCUUGCUGGGCAUGGGCUUCAUGGCUACGUACCUUCCAGAAGCCACCAUCAGUGCGUACCUGGCUGCUGUGGCCCUGCACAUCAUGCUGUCCCAGCUCACCUGCGUCCUCGGGAUUAUGAUUAGUUUCCACGCUGGUCCCCUCGCCUUCUUCUAUAACAUAAUUAACUACUGUAUAGGUCUCCCCAAAGCAAAUUCUACCAGCAUCCUGCUUUUCCUAACUGCUGUUGUUGCUCUGAGAAUCAAUAAGUGUAUCAGAAUUUCUUUCAACCGGUACCCCAUCGAGUUUCCCAUGGAAUUAUUUUUGAUUCUUGGCUUCACUGUAGUUUCAAACAAGAUAACCAUGGCCACAGAAAACAGCAAGUCCCUCAUAGAGAUGAUCCCUUUCAGCUUCAUCUCUCCGGUGACACCAGACAUCAGCAUUAUUCCCAAAAUUAUCUUCCAAGCCAUCUCCUUAUCUUUGGUGAGCGCCUUUCUGAUCAUAUUUACUGGCAAGAAGAUUGCCAGCCCCCAUCACUACAAAGUCAAUUCCAACCAGGAUUUGAUAGCCAUUGGCAUUUGCAAUGUGGCCAGUUCCUUUUUCAAAUCGUGUGUGUUUACUGGUGCUCUUGCCAGGACUAUUAUCCAAGACAAGUCUGGAGGAAGACAACAGUUUGCAUCUCUGGUAGGCGCAGGUGUGAUGCUGCUCCUUGUGGUGAAGAUGGGACCCUUUUUCUACCAACUGCCCAAUGCUGUGCUGGCUGGUAUUAUCCUGAGCAACGUCUUGCCCUACCUUGAAACCAUUUACCACCUACCCUCUCUGUGGAGGCAGGACCAGUAUGACUGUGUUAUUUGGAUGGUGACAUUCUUGUCUGCAAUUUUUCUGGGACUGGAUGUUGGACUCUUUUUUUCCCUGAUAUUCACCUUCUUCAUCAUCACGGUUCGGUCACACAGAACGAAGAUUCUGCUCCUGGGUCAGAUUCCUAACACCAACAUUUACAGAAGUGUCACUGACUAUAGGGAGGUUAUACUCAUCCCUGGGGUAAAAAUCUUCCAGUUCUGUAACUCCAUCACAUAUGUAAAUGUACACCACAUAAAACAAAAGCUGUUGAAUGAGCUCGAUUUGAUACGGGUGCCUCUUAGAGAAGAAGACAUUUUCAUGCUGUUUAAUGAAAGUGACACCAGUCUACAGGGUGCCGGUAUUUGCAAAUGCUUUUGUGACUGUGAAGAACCUCAGCCGGAGCCCAGGAUCAUCUACUUAGAACGAUUUGAAAGUAAAAUGGAAUCUGAAUCAUCCAUUAACCUGGUCCGCUGCUCCUAUUUUGAGAACAUGUACAUGAGCGAAAAUUCUUCCGAGGACCAAGUGCCCUACACAAUAUCUUCUACAUCUCAGAGAUAUCCAGAGCAAAACUAUGAGGAGGUGGACAAAACCUGGCUUUAUGCAUCCCCCCCAAGACAAAACUCAAUUCCACUGCCGGACAAUAAUACUGAAAGUGUGGAUAGGAGUAGAUCCAUCAUCCCUUACUCAGAAUGCUCCCUUCAGCCCAGCAUCCACACCAUCAUCCUAGACUUCUCCAUGGUGCAUUAUGUGGAUUCUCGGGCUUCGAUUGUCUUAAGACAGAUGUGCAAUGCUUUCCGAAAUGCCAACAUCAUGGUGCUCAUUGCAGGAUGCCACUCUUCUGUGGUCAGGGCAUUUGAGAGGAAUGAUUUCUUUGACGAAGGCAUCACCAAAGCCCAGUUCUUCCUCAGCCUCCAUGAUGCAGUGCUAUCUGCUGUGACGAGGAAGUUGGCAGAGUCCGAGUUAAGUGUGGAUGAGUCUGAGACAGUGAUACAAGAAACCUACUCGGAAACAGACAAGAAUGACAAGUCAAGAUAUAAAAUGAGUGGCAGUAAUCUUCCAGAAAUCACCAGAAGUGGAACCCAGAGCUUCACCAAGACCCAGGAGCCAAUAGAAGAGGAGUUUGAAAUGGAUUUGGAGCCCAUCCUGGAUUCAGAUCAGAAUGGGCUGGAAAUCACUUUAGACAUGGAUCAAGAGGUUGAAUCAGAACUCGCACCUGAAUCAGAGCUGGAGGCUGAAAUAGAAUUUGACACCCAGCCCGAGAUCGAGCCUGAGCUAGAGCCCGAGCAUGAGCCUGAGCUUGGGCCCAAGGACAUAUAUCUGGACUUGAUAAGAGAGAGGAGGCCUGACCCCAAAACCAAACCAAGGUCUCCCGGUCAGUGGCAGAAACUGCCUGAAUAUCAGCCUGUGAUUCCCAGAUCCUCUUCUCAGUUGCAGCCUCGGACACAACCUGUGGACAGGAAACGGCAAAAUACAGGCUUCUACUCAUGAGAGAGCACUGACAGUGAGGAUGCCUGGGAGGUGAACUGGGAAUAAGGGCUCAGAAAACCUCGGCAAGUCCUUCCCCAUCCAGAAAGGGCCACUUGUCGGGAGACCUAGACUGGUUGGGCCCGGCCAUGCUCACUCUGUGACUCCACUUGCCAACUUCACAUUACUAAAUGACAGCAGUCAUCGCUAGAUUCCCUACCUCAUUACACCUCCUGCACAUAGUACUGUGAAUUUCCUUCUGCAUACAUCCCACGGC